GAGGGGAGGUCCUGGAGUGCCCGCCCUCCCCCGCCCAGUCUACGCCCCUCCUCUUCUCUCCCCUCCCCCGCCGUCCACUGCCACCGGUCGCCAGCGAUCCCGUUCCCGGGUCCCCGAGCAGACCCGGAGUGCGCGCGACGAGGUGUUGGGACACUUGUGGACCUGACCCUGGAGAUCACCCGGGUUUGCCCGCCUCCCAUCAGCCGCGAUUCCCUGGCCCGCAACCCUGAACCCAGGGAACUCAUUGGGUGGGGGUAGGGUCCUCGGGGACCCGGGCCAGCUCCCAGGGCGACGAUGGAAGAGCAGCAGCGCGCGCGCUCGCACACGGUCACCACCACUACCAGCUCCUUCGCUGAGAACUUCUCCACCACCAGCAGCAGCUUCGCUUACGACCGAGAGUUCCUCCGCACCCCGCCGGGGCUCCUGAUCGUAGCCGAGAUCGUCUUGGGGCUGCUGGUGUGGACACUCAUCGCUGGCACCGAGUACUUCCGAGUCCCCGCUUUUGGCUGGGUAAUGUUUGUAGCUGUCUUUUACUGGGUCCUCACCGUCUUCUUCCUCAUUGUCUACAUCACCAUGACGUACACCAGGAUUCCCCAGGUGCCCUGGACCACAGUGGGCCUGUGCUUUAAUGGCAGUGCCUUCGUCUUGUACUUCUCAGCUGCCAUAGUGGACGCAUCUUCUGUCUCCCCAGAGAAGGAAGGGCACAACUUCAACAGCUGGGCAGCCUCCUCGUUCUUUGCCUUCCUGGUCACCAUCUGCUAUGCUGGAAACACGUACUUCAGUUUCAUAGCCUGGAGAUCCAGGACGGCACAGUGACUCUCCCUUCUCAGAUAAUGGAGAAGAAGACACACCAGGACGAAUCCCACUGUUAUAAAAA